CACUGCAGGCGGCGACUUCAACAGCUCUGGCAAAAACUUUAAACAUCGACCGGCAAUGUGUCGGACCGUAGCCGGGGGAGUCGAGAGCAUUCGCGGUGUAUACAAUUACGCGAAGGAAAGCAGCUGGCAGCGUUUUUAGCCAAACAGACUUGUUUUCAGCCGGUAUGUGCCGCCUUCAUGACUACGCACAGCAUGACAAGUAAAACGGAGGCAGUUUGGGGCUUUUAACCACCUUGGAGACAGCUAACCUUAACAGCUAAGUUAGCUUAAAGCAAAAAAACAAAACAAAUGAACGCUAGCUUAAUGCUAGUUAGUUGUAAAUUGGGCGUUUGGUUGUCGGUUAUAUACUGCUGCUAUAGUAACAGUGUGUUAACCUUUGAGUUUGAAUUAACACCAUCGAAAAGCUGAAACCCUGAACUCAAGAAGUCGAUUUUCAAUUGGUUAACGUGGUUUUACGUCGAUACACAUUCAACGACUUUCGCUGACUUCUGAAAUCAGAGGGACUUCUACCUGAAUAACAAGGUGCUGAAUGGCCUCCGUUGUAGGAGUGAAAACUGAGAAGCGACCUGCAGCUGAUUCUCAGGAUGCAGACUCAAAUGCAAAAAAGCCCAGGAAACUGCUGCCCAGCCUGAAGACUAAGCGAGCCCCUGAGCUAGUCCUGGUGAUUGGCACGGGGGUAAGCUCUGCAGUGGCCCCUCAGGUCCCUGCUCUGCGCUCCUGGAAAGGUCUCAUCCAGGCCUUGCUUGAUGCAGCAAAUGACUUUGACCUACUAGAGGAGGAGGAGAGUCGACGUUUCCAGAAACACAUGCAGGAAGACAAGAAUUUGGUGCAUGUGGCCCAUGACCUCAUUCAAAAACUUUCCCCGAGAACAGGCAAUGUGCGGUCCACAUUCUUCAAGGACUGUCUAUACGAGGUGUUUGACGAUUUGGAGUGCAAGAUGGAGCAUGCAGGGAAACAUCUAUUGCGCUCGGUGCUGCAGUUAAUGGAGAGUGGUGCAUUGGUCCUCACCACGAACUUUGACAACUUACUGGAGAUCUAUGCAGCUCACCAGGGCACCAAGCUGGAGUCUUUGGAUCUGACAGAUGAGAAGAAGGUUUUGGAGUGGGCGCAGGAGAAACGGAGGUUAAGUGUUCUCCAUAUCCACGGUGUUUACACCAACCCCAGUGGUAUCGUACUGCACCCUGCUGGCUACCAGAAUGUACUGAGGAACACUGAGGUUAUGCGUGAGAUCCAGAAGCUGUAUGAGACCAAAUCAUUCGUGUUCCUCGGCUGCGGGCGCACAGUAGAUGACACAACCUUCCAGGCUCUGUUCUUGGAGGCGGUCAAGCACAAGUCGGACCUGGAACACUUUAUGCUUGUGCGGCGCGAGGAUGUGGGUGAGUUCAAGAAGCUACGCGACAACAUGCUGGACAAAGGCAUCAAGGUCAUCUCCUAUGGAGACGAGUAUGGCGACCUGCCCGAGUACUUCGAGAGGCUUGCCAAUGAGAUCUGCAAUCGUGAUGUAUCAACCAACGGCUGGGGGUCUCCUGCAAAAAACGGAGAGGAAGUGCAGAAUGGCUUUAACACACAGAAAAGCCUCCUUCAAGGUUAGGACUGAAUGCUUCUCUUUGACAUCAGGCAGUGGCCAUUUGGCAAGAGACAUUUCCAGAAGAACACAAUACAGCCCUGUCUUAGACAGUUUCUUACUGCAUGAUGGUAGAUAGAAAAUCAAAGUUUGGUCUUGAUUUUCAGUUUCAAAAGACCUGCUGAUAUUCCUGUACACAAAGAUACAACUGUCUUUGUGCUAUUGCAUGCAUGGUGGCAACAUUUUCAGUUGAUACGCUUUGUUUUUCAGCUGCUCAACUCAAGUUCCUUCCUUCUCUUUUUGCCCCAGACUAUCAUUCUUGACAGGGACUCAGUCGGGAUCAGUAUCAGACAUUUUCCUCCACAGUUCCAACAAGAGAUCAGUCUACUCCGAGUAGUACUUGAGUCUGAUUUCAUUCUAUGGAUUUAGGAAUCCAGGAACGUUACGGGCCAUGGGAGACCUAAACGCUGUUGUCAGUAUUUUCCAGAUGUUUAUUUUUUCCUUUAUUAGUUCUUGUUUAAAAGGGAAAGGAAAAAUUGAACACGACUGUUAAAACCAAGACUCAACCUCACAACCCCCCCACUGUACUGUACUUAAAUGUUGCCUAUACCUUGACUUCUGUUAACCUACAGUUGAAAAGUAUGCAGGUAUGGUGGAGGAGUGAUACUAUGGUAUGUUCUCAACUUCAACUUCAACUUGACAAAAAUGAUAGAUCUUAAUCCACUGACAGAAGUUGGCUGAGCUGCAGUGAGUCAUUGGAUUUAGACCUAACAGUAAACGGGCAUGCAGCUCAAGUAACUGCAUCACCUUGUCCUACCCGCCCCCUGGAAGAGAAGCUCUACAGAUGCAAGCUGUAACAAGCAUCUUGUGUAGAGUUUGUAUCUGUCAUGCUUAACCCUGAGACCAGGAAAACUUGAUUUGCACACUACUGGGUAGGGGAUGGGUGGGUAUAAUUCUAUGUCACAGAUGGUUUACUUAGUUUGCAAAGACAUUAAUGUUACGAUGUUUUGCUAAAAAUUAAGUUCACAAGUGUAUGUUUCCGUAGCAAAGCGGCUCCCUGCCAGUAGCAAUCACUUUGCCACUCCUGUGCUGAAAAUUAAAGAAUGUUCUUUGUAAGCCUUUUUGUAUUUUUAAUACUUGCAUGUGUUUUCUGACAUAGUAUUUAUAAGUACUAUUUUAAAAAAUAAAGCUUUUG